GCCCCGGCCCGCGGUCAGGCACGAUGCCCCUGGGGCUGCGGGUCAAGAAGAAAGACAAGUCCAAGGAGACCUGCGCGCUGGUGGAGGGCGAGCCGGAGGGCGCGGACGGCAGCCACCUCCCGGCGCCCCCGCGCUCCGCGGCCAGGCUGGUUUUCUACACGCAGCUGGCGCACGGCAGCGCCACGGGCCGAGUGGAGAAUUUCUCCAGCAUCCGGGAGCUCUACACCAAGAUCGCCGGCGUGUUUGAGAUCUCGCCGUCCGAGAUCUUAUAUUGCACUUUAAACACACCUAAAGUUGACAUGGAAAAACUCUUAGGAUCACAAAUAGGUCUUGAAGAUUUCAUAUUUGCCCACGUGAAAGGGAUCAAAAAAGAAGUGAAUGUGUAUAAAUCUGAGGAUUCACUUGGCCUCACCAUUACAGAUAAUGGUACUGGCUGUGCUUUCAUAAAGAGAAUUAAAGAGGGCAGCAUAAUUGACUCAGUUAAAACAAUCUGUGUGGGAGAUCAUAUUGAAUCCAUAAAUGGAGAAAAUAUUGUUGGGUGGCGUCAUUUUGAUGUUGCUAAGAAGUUAAAGGAAUUAAAAAAAGAGGAACUUUUUACCAUGAAGUUAAUAGAACCUAAGAAGGCAUUUGAAAUAGAGCCAAGGUCCAAAGCUGGAAAUACCUCAACAGGAAAAAUUGGUACCGGAAGGGGGACACUUCGCCUGAGGUCAAAAGGUCCUGCCACUGUGGAAGAAGUGCCCUCUGAAAACAAUGCUAAGGCAAUUGAAAAGGUUGAUGAUCUUCUUGAGAUGUACAUGGGAAUUCGAGAUAUUGAAUUAGCUACCACAAUAUUUGAAGCUGGAAAGGACAAACGUAAUCCAGAUGAGUUCGCUGUGGCGCUUGACAAAACUCUUGGAGACUUUGCGUUCCCAGAUGAAUUUGUCUUUGAUGUUUGGGGAGCCGUUGGUGAUGCCAGACGAGGAGGAUUAUGAUGUGGCUGGUCCAUCACUGGAGAAAUGGACCAUUGUUCCUGUGUGUG